UUUAAUAUUAGGUCUACAACUUUGCUUCCGGCGUUUUUUUGUAAAUUUAAGUUUUUUUGUAUAAAAACGGUUACGAAUGUCGAUGAGCCUCAGCCGCACUUUUCUUGGAAUUAAAAAAGAAAAGCCAAAUUUCCCGCAAAUGUCGAGAAUUCGGCUCAAAAAGUGACAUUUUCAGUUGAGAAUAAGUUUGGGAUGCAAACAGAUCUCUACAAAUAUUUUGUUGGGUGAAUGUUGACAAAAAUGUCCAAGAACGAUAUAAAAAAAUCGAUUUCAUCGACCAGUGCUUGAGUGCCUAGAGACAUUGAUUGGAAAACGGCGGAAGUUGUAGACCUACAACAACAUAAAAUACAAAUUAUUCCAUUGAUUGCGAUUAGAGAAAGUGUCACACACUAAAACUUCUAACAACCUAGUAUUUUAUGAUUAGGUGGCAACGCUAUUAAAUUAUGUUUAAGCGUUAACACUACACUUAUUUAUUUACCUGCUCUCACUUUAUGUGGCAACGCCGUUGUUGAAGACUCUCCACGGAGGUACAAAACCCUUCAGUAGGUUUCCGACGCUUGCUUGGUUCGGAUAUAAAUAUUUCUAAAACAAUUUUCGUAUUUCGGUGCUGUGUAAAUUUUGUGUUUGUUUUGAUUUUCGCGGUUAAUUAUUUUUGACCUAAUGGUUAUAGCUUGAACUUGAAUUUAAGUUCGUUUAAAUCUUAAAGAAGCAGAAAGUAAAGAAAAAACGGUGAACUCUUUUGGUGGCAAGUGUAGUGAAAAACAUAAUUAUUUGAUAAUGGCAGAGCAGACCUUUAAAUCGCCAGCUACAUUGUACAAACAAAGUUUAGAUAGUUUCAUGAAAUACCUCACAAACGACUAUAUCGUAGUGAAAGAGGAUGAACCGUUAGCACUUACUGUAAAAUUCAUUCCCCCUUCAUUGAAGGAAAUGUGGAAGUUCGAAUUCAUGCCGACAACACUUGUUGCUGAAAUUUUAUACGAAAUGACCAUGACGGACGAAUUCAAUGAGUUAGUGAUGAAGCAACUUGACAAUCUCAACAUACUGGAUAGCUUACUGCAGGAUGAGCGAUCAACGAGUAAGCUUUUUAUGUGCUUGACAUUCGCGAAUAAUAAGAGCCCUGCUUACAUGAAGAAAUUGCCAGCUAGUUUCGCCUUACACUGGCACAAACCAGCAGGCCUGAGACGAUCGCUUUACUCCGAACUUGUUAAAUUCGGUUUGAGAUUGGGUUCCUUUCUAUGUGAAAAUGGUUUUAUGCAAGAGAGUAUAAAAGUAUUGACAUUUGUGGCAGAGAAAAUCAGUCUAAUGGCAGAGAGUGAUUCCAAAACGAUACAAUAUUUGGACUGUCUGCAAAGACGCUUAUAUUGCGAAACAUCGAUAUGGGAUACUUAUGCUGCCUCACGCACCUUAGAAAAAAUAGGGGAAAUUCUUGGUGAAUCUGAUUAUGAAUAUUUACCAGAUACGUUAACUGUCCAAAUCUUUACACAGACUUCGGCGUUCCAUUUAACGCGGCAUAAAUUCGAAAAAGCCUAUGAAUUCAGCACCAUGGCCAUGCAAUAUUUGAGCGAAUCUAUGCCGAAGAGGAUUGUGGUGGAUGCACUACGAAAUACAGCGAAAGCGUGCAUGGCCGUGCGUGAAUACCGCACGGCAUGUAUGCUGAUCAAGCAAGCCAUCUCCAUGGCAGAGAAUGUGUUUGGACGUAAUCAUUUAAAAUAUGCCGAUGUUAUGUUCGAUUACGCGUACUUUCUGCUCAUUUACGAUAAAGUCGAACGCGCCGUUGAGAUUUACACUGAGGUUAAUAAAAUUCGACUUAACAAACUACCACGCGAUAGUUUUCUCAUGGGUUUGACGAAGGCUGCGCUCGCUAAUGCAUACUAUCUGCAGAAACAUAGAUCUAACGGCCUUGUAGACAGCGCGUUCGAAGUGUUGUCUAAGGAACUUUCGAUAACAAACCUAUUGCUUGCAUCAGUCUUUCGUCUAAAGUCAUUGGUUAAAUCAGAAGUUGCAUUUGAUAAAUAUAGAAGGUAUUACAAGACUAAAAAAUACGAUUUCAAAAAGUAUUUGAAUGUACAAAUUGAGUCUUUGAACUUAUGUGUGAGUUUUGAAGGUGAACAGAACUUAUUAACAGCAAAAAACUAUUUCGAAUUAGCGCGUCUUUACCAAGCAUCGAAACAAUAUCAGGAUGCCAAACGCAGCAUUGCAAAGUGUGUAUGGAUUACAAUGACAGAGAUGGGUAGCUCUGAGAAGGACGCCCAGGACUUACGUGUUUUGGAAAAUUAUUUAGAAAAAACAAAUGAGGAACGUGAUAUUCUGCUGAAGGUGCAAAAGGAACCGUUGUUCCUCAACAUCAUUGAAGCAUCUGAUCGUGCACUGGAAGAAGAAUCUACAGCAUCGCCUCGUUUUUACGAUGGUUUAAUCGAUUUGUAUCCACCUGAUAAAGACUACCACAAACAAUUGACAGCUAUAGCAACUACACAGGGUUGGAAGACUUCGUCCGAAGGCAGCAAUGACUUUUGGUGCAUAGAGUUUCUUAAAGCUACAUAUUUUCAUGAGUCUGACACGGAUUCGGAAUCGGAUUGACAAUCAGCACGAGUUGUUACUGGCUUUAUAGACAGAAUCGACAGGGUUUACUCAGCUGAAUGCCUUGCAUCGGGAUAUGUGGCGCAUAACAGUGAGGAUGACACCAACGAUUUUAUAAAUUGAAAUUACGCCAGUUUCAACUCGUGGCUUCUAUAGCAGUGUAUUUGUUAGAUAAAUACAUUGAUUCGUGUUGUGAUAAAACUAAAUGAGAGGACCGCUUUGUUCUAUUCAUAAUAAUAAUUAAUAAUAUUAAGUUAUAGUAUUUAUUUAUUUAGUAUUAGCAUUAGCAUUAUAACAUGAUGAGUUUAAAUUUUAAUUAUGUUUAUUAUUCAAAAACAAAUUUGCUUUAUUUACAUCCAAUUAAGUUUACGUGUAAAUCUCUACAUGUCUUUAUAUCACGAUGUACAAUAAAAAAAAAGAAUCGCCAACUCCCUUAGAUGUGUGUUUAGAUACAAUAAAAAAUCUGCUGGGUAUUAUACCAAACUAUUUUUUCUGGGAUGGUAUUGACGUAUAUUCUCAGAUUUUCGAAGUUAGCCUCGAAAUAUCGAAAAAUUUGUCUUCGAUGUUUGAUAAUAGCCUUUUUUUUAGAUAAUUAUAGGAUUUUUGUUAAGUAAUCUAUCCUCUU